ACAAAGGAGUUAAUGGGUCCAGUUAUCCAAGUCCAGUCAUUAGAGUAGCUGAAUUUGUUACGGUAUUUUGGUAUCACAAUGACACGUCUUCUUCAAAAAGCAUUCCUCGUAUUUUGUCUGAGUUCGCUUUGCUUUAUCAUUUUUACAACCCAGAUGUUGUUAUCUCAAAACAGGCCUAAGCCUGAUCUUCAAACCGUGGUGUCUUUUCCAAGAGAUCCUUCCGUUGACAGCAUUCCGCCUCGGGAUAUACAAUCAACACUAGUGGAACAUCUGAAGGAAGUUUCUGCUCAAUUUAACCAGCGUCUUGCAGAAAUAUCUGCUUUACAAAUAAAUCUUGGAAUACCACCCAACCCUUCGUUGUACAGAAACACCAAGGUUGGGUCGGUGGGAAAUUCGAAUUUUCAAAGAAGACUUAUGGAUGCAGCUCUAUACACGAGAGGAUUUACAGAACACAUAGAGAGCAAAGGCAAAGAAAACUACAGAGCGAGUAAUGGUCCAUUUACUCACCGUAUUCAGGCCAGUUAUUUAAAUUCGGCCCAAAACAAAGAACCCAAGGGGGAUAAUUCACCGGCGUCAGUGGUGAUUAAAGGCUCGCCUACCUCCAAGCCUAAUGGUUGCCAAAUACUAUUACAGGUAUCUGAGGUAACUCCUAUCGGGAAUGGCUAUACUAAAGUCGUCCACAAGGCCGAGCUUCAGGGGAAAACUGUAGCCAUCAAGUAUGCGAUGGAAAAUGGAAUGGAUCUAGAACGCUGCGUCAAACUAGGCGUUUUGCGUGAAGAUUGCGUCAACCUAUCAAAUUUCAAAAUCAUGAAGGAAAUAUCUCUUCACCAACAACUUAAACACCCUAAUAUAAUUGAGAUGUUUGGGUAUUGUCUUCGAAAAGAUGACCGAGAGAUGGGUCAAAAACCACAAGCAAUCGGCGUCAAUGGUAUAGCUGCGACUAUUAUCACGGAACUUGGGAAACAACUCGAUAUUAUUACUAUUCUGCAGCUGUCGUGGGAAGAUCGAUUAAGGAUAUCCCUGGGCAUUGCGAGUCUUCUUGUGUACAUGUCCGAAUCUCCUCUUGGGUCGCUUGGCAUUCAUGAUUUCAAACUAGGCCAGUUCGUUUUGGUUGGUAAUCAGAUAAAGUUAUCUGAUAUGGAUGAUGUUGAUAAUAAUGAACCAGUUUGUAACCAGGAGAAGCUUUGUAAAAUAUUGACAGAGGGCGCCAAAUAUUCCAUUGCAACCAAAUGUCAGGCGGACAUUGGCAGAUGCAUCGGAAUGAAUGAAAAACUAAACUUAUACAAUUCCUACCGCUAUUUCUUUUCGAUUGCGUUGAGAAUCGAAGCACCAAAAGCUUUGGAGUCAACCAUUGAACAUUUUUUAAAUAAAACAGCUAGAGUGUCCUGGGGCGUCAAGGAAGCGUACCGAGAACUUGAGCGAAUCACGCGCCUGUACGUAAGUGGCGCGUAUCUGAGGACUAGCAGACAAUCUCCAACUGCAGUUUAUAAGAUCAUUGCAAACGCUGAUUAUACCGGUCAGUUCGAUUACUGGUGUCCUUACACUCUCCAUGCCGGUAGUAACAGCUGUACCUUCACCGUCUUCGACGAGCAUGAGGCUAAGUUGUAUUGUGACAGUGACACGUAUUGCAAAGCGUUCGUUCUCACAGAACAAACAUCAUGGACAGGUCGUCAUAUAGCGUUCUUUAAAAAUAGCACAUCUGAACCAGUAUAUAAUCCGAGCAGUACGUUAUACAUGCGUGUGGGUUGAACGGAUUUACUUGUUGUUGUAACGCAUUGUUGAAAGACAGGCGCUUUGGAAGUACUUGGAGAUGGAUGUCACAUGAAGCAGCAACUACCAAUAAAUGCGUAGUUGACAGACAGACGUUUUAAGUCCAUAUACCAAAACAUACGAAUGUGUUGACCUUCGAUUUGUAAACUCGUUAAUUCUCCAAAAUGUUGUUUGGAAAGACAGGCACAUUAAAGUACACAGUGUGUUGAGGACUAAACUUGAUGUUUCAGGUUCAACUUGAGCCAAACGGCAGACCUCUCCCAGACUGCUUAGGUAUGCGCCUAAAAAUAUCGCCAAUUAAGUCACAAUUUAAAACGCUUGGUUUAUCAUAAUUUACACUUUAACAACAAGAGACAUCGAUUUUUUUAUUCGAUUUCACGGCUAUGACUUUAUGAACCUCUUCAAAUAAAGGCGAAAUUGAGUUCGACAUAUUUAAUGUUCAGAAGAACACCAAUGAACGUGGACCUAAUUGGUUGAUUUUGCAACGCUGACAGAAUGGAGGGAUAAAAGUUUUUCAAUAGAUCUUCUUUAACAAAUUUAUUGAAUCAAAGAAUGUCACUAGUCAGUCUCUUAAUUAUGUGCUUGUCACGAGGUUGUUGUUGAAAACUCGACGUCUUUUGUAUUUAAUUCUUUAGCGUCUUUUACUUUCUUCUUGUCUCAUUGAUCGUUUUGAAUUUUUAUUGAAAUUUUCGUCUACGGAGGUAUUAGCCACAUAUUGCCUAUACUGUAAUCGAUUUUCGUAAUUGUUGAUACCUAGUUAAACUUUGACUGGUUGAAAGUUUACUAAACGUAUUAUGGUAAUGCUAAAAUUUUCUCAAAACGUAUUCCUAUAACAUAUUUUCCUAACGAGCAAAAAAUACGAAAGAAAAGAGAAGACUUUUUAAUGUGAGACCAAAUGCGAGAGUAUUGUACUAUAAGGGAGAGAAAUGAGCGAGGAAUUGCAAGCAGGAUCAAUAGAGAGUUGAUGAAAACAGUGCGAGAUAUUUUACAAAAUAACCAAUUUUUAAUUAUUAACUUCCAUAAUAUGGUAGGCAUAAAGAGUACAUUUUUAAAAUGGAAACUAUAAUACAGUACAUAAUACCAAAUAUUUACUAAUUUCCAGCAUUUGGCCGAUAUGACAAUUAAAGAAAAUGAAAUAUUGUAUUUUGAAAUACCACGUCAUAUGCAAUGUUUGACGAUGUAAAACAUUUAAUUUUCGAAUCAAAGAACAAUUUUAUCUUUCAAAAAUUGAAUAAAAGGUAUUUUGCUAUAAAAAUCGA